AUGGAAGACAACGACGAUGACUACUUCUCUGACGACUUCGACGCCCUGCCACCGGGUACGUUGUAUGAACUGGAACAACAUGCCUUUCAGGCCACUCAGGCCUCGGCCACACAGCACGAUGCUCAACCGGUGCAAAACGAGCGGACUGUUCAGAACCAGGCGACCCUGAAGCCUCCACCUCGCCUACACACCGGAUUAACAAACGAGUAUGACACACUGGAAGUGGGGGAGUUGGAGGCUGAGGUGCACGACAAUGCGGUUAUGACCUCAGCCUUGCCGCCGGGUCAUCAUGUCAUGGCCGAGGAUAGUGGAUGGACUAUCAACGGCGGAAUGGAGGAUCCCAUGGAUGUGGACGACGAAUCCGGCCAAUUACACGCCUACAGUGAAUUCCAUGCACGCCUUGAGCAGUUGGCACAGGAAAAGGAGCAGAUGCAGCGAGAGCUGGCUGCAGCCAAAGCACAAGCCGAAACAAAGGCCGGCGAGAUCGCUAUAAUCCGAUCUAAACAAACGAGAAUGACCCAAGACUAUGACCGGCAACUGGCAACGUUGCGGAAAGCCAUGGCCGACGAAACAGCCAAGCAUAAAGAACAGGUGGAGGCAGCCAUGUCUGAAGGGAAGAUGCUGGCAACAGAAAACAUAUUCCUUCAACAAGACCUCGUGGAAGAAACUUACCAGCUCCGCAACUAUAAAGCGAAACAAAAGACUGACAAAGCGCCACCUGUCACCCCCCGGAAGUCCCGAGCGCUCCCCUUCCGUGAUGGAUUUGACGACGAGGAGAUUGCUGUUCAGUCGCCCAGCAAGUCCGCGACACGCUCUAGACGAGUCACGCCAACAGUGCCCGGAAAGCGGAAGCGACAAGCAAGCCAUGAUAACCCAACACCGUUACAACUAAGCCCUGUAGGGGAGCUUGUGAUGGGUGAUGCCCCCGAUGGCCCCGAAAUUAUUGCCGAUGAAGAUCGCAGAUCGCCAGGAGCUGCCAGCCGCGACCAGCGGUUGAUGAAACGACUUUUGAAUCACCGCAUGAUUCCUGACCAGGAGACCGAUCUCGAGGCGAUGGCCAAGCUGUCUUUCCCCUCGGCUCCGCGUCGACCUAUAUCCAGUUUCAUCAUGGAUGAAAUCGCUCAUCUUGAAACGGGUUGCUUUGUAUUAGACUAUACGCAAACAGUCGGAUCGCUAUGGCAGCGAGCGUUGACAGAGCGCUUCUAUGAACCCGUUCCUCGAUUUGCAGCUAUUGUUCGAUAUGUCUUGACGCUAGAUGACGCCCCGCUGCCUGAAAUUAUGACUUCUUUACUGGGAGUGUUGCAAGACUCGGUUGAGGUCAAUGCUGUUCCGAGGUUUCGAUACUCCCCAGCUGCUCGGGAAAAGGCACGGGUGCUCCGACAGACACCACAGUCUGACUUGCAACCGCGAGUUGAUUCAACGGAGGCCCUUCGCCUGCUCUACUAUAUUGCGUGUGAAACUCUCCACCUCAAAAGCGCCCUCGAAAGUUUCUGGCGGCAGAUCCGACAUACGUUUAUUCUCGUGAUGCUGCACGGUUCGCAGCCGCUCAAGGACAUCGUGCUCAUUUUGAACCUGUUGUCGACCAGCAUCCGCCCCGACUCAUUCGGCCCGAUUAUGCCCUCUGAUGAGAACCAGGCCGACGUGCAGAAGUGGAUCAUCGACCGUUUGACAUUCAUGCUAAGCGAGUCAGCGCAGCCAGACGAGGGCAUCGAGCCUUACACUCCGUACGAUAUCUGCGCGAUGCGACUCGAAGUCUUGCUGCUUCUGGAAGCCCUGGCAUUUAACCCUGUGGCCCCCUCGCGGGAGCACGGAAGCGCCAUUAUUGCAGCGCAUUCGAAUGCUCUCGCUCGCCUGUUUCGCUCCAUGCAUGACGAAAUUGACGCACUGUACUCGUCCCCACCCGAGCAGGACCUGCGUGUUUCCUUGGUCAACGGGUUGAUGCGGUUGAUAUUCGGGGUCAUGCGCCGUCACGGGCCUUCUAUCAACAUGCAAGAGAAGUUGGCAUGUGUUCCUGGCAGCAAGCAAAAACAUCUCGUGGUUCUCACUCGACUGGCAUUCUGUGAUGGGUCUGUGCUCGAGGCUGGCAUUGACGACGAGACCGUCGACAUGGCCCACGAGUUGCUGGAAGAGUGGACCAACCCUCAAGAGGCGGAGGCGCUGGCAGAGGCGUUCCCCAGUUCCCGAAGGGAAUGA